AGGGAAUUCCUCGGCUUGUGAAGAGAGAAGGUAGGCUGCGUUCGCACCCAUGUCGACCACCAAGAAGCAGUCGAAGGCAUCCAAGUCCGCAGACUCCAUCAAUGCACGUUUACAGCUGGUGAUGAAGAGCGGCAAGUACAGCCUGGGCUACAAGACCACCCUCAAGACCCUGAGGCAAGGGAAGUCCAAGCUGGUGCUCAUCUCCAACAAUUGCCCCGCGCUGCGGAAGAGUGAGAUCGAGUACUACGCCAUGCUGGCCAAGACCGGAGUGCACCACUUCCACGGCGACAACAACGAGCUGGGCACCGCCUGCGGGCGCUACUAUCGUGUCAGCUGCCUCUCCAUCACGGACCCGGGCGACUCGGACAUCAUCCGAUCGCUGCCCGGCCAGGAGUGAGCGCAUGCGACAAGGACUAAUCCGAGCGCUGGCGGAUGAGCAAGGACGUGGACACGCAAGAUCGAGGAAGAGGAA